UUAUUUCAGCUUUUGUAAUUUUAGCAGUAGGUUGUUUGCCUCCUACUUUUAUAGUUGCCAUUUCUUUUUCUAAUAGAGCUUUCACUUCAGCCUUCUUUUCUAAUUGUUGCUGUCUUUUCUUCUCGAGUUCCUCCUGUAUCAAAAUCGAUACAAUAUCGCAUAAUUAUUAUAGAGAUUUGUAUCUUUUAUGUAAACACAAUAAAUAUUGACAAUUAUUUCUUUUAAUAUAGAAUGUAACACUAUCAAAACAAAUACCUGUUUCUGUUUCUUCUUUAAUACUUGUUUGUCGUCAUCCUGCCAAGCUUUCUCUUCAGCUUCCAAAGCUUUCUUUGUAUUUUCAGCUUCCUUAGCAGCAGCUUUUCUUGCCCUGGCUGCAACAGCCUUGCUAUUCUCACCGACGAAUUUCUUAGGCAUGAUGAUCUAAUAAGGAAAGAGAAUUAUUAUUACGUUUGAAAUUACGCGGGUAAAAGGAUUCAAUCGUUGAUAGGUUGGCAAUACUGUAAUACGCGCAGAUUGCAGUCACUAAAGUUGUUGAGGUUAGAGAACAUAUAAUAUCGAAUAGCAAUAUUUUCUUAAUAAUCGAAUAUAACCGAUCAAUGAAUUAACGAACGUUCAAUUAAAUUUUAUUAUGAAAUUAUCUAAAUGAAUAAAUUUCUACGAUACGUGAUUGUUAACCGAGAAAUGUCGAAACAAGGUGGCAAGAAAACUAAAAAAGCUCAGAUUGGCGAUAUAAAUAAUACGAUAACCACAGGACCUAUAACUGUUAAUAAAGAUGGAAAAAUACAAAUAAAAAUUCAAGCGAAACCUGGAGCUAAACAUAACGGUAUCACAGAUAUUUCAGAAGAAGCUGUAGGUGUUGCAAUAUCUGCACCUCCUGUACAAGGUGAAGCAAAUACUGAACUGAUUAAAUAUUUAGCCUCUGUAUUAGGUUUAAGAAAAUCCGAUGUAAUGUUGGAUCGAGGAUCCAAAGGUAGGCAAAAAGUAAUCACUGCGACUGGGAUUACAGUAGAUGAAGCGCUCCAAAGGUUUAAAAAGGAAAUUGAUAAUUAACCAAUGUUGAAACUUGAUUUGUCAACAUUUUUUAUUAUAUUAUUUUUCUUUCAUCACUUCUAUUCUCAAUAUAAUUCAUAUCUGCUGUACAUAAAAUAUAAGGCAAUUUAAAAAAUA